AUGAACUUUUUCACUGAUUAUCAUGGGGUACAACGUUUUCAGGAUGGUCCAGUUAUUCCCUACUCAGUUUCAGAAUGUGAGUACGAGAGACUGGUCAAUGUAUUCAAAUUUUCCGAUAACAUAAGUAGUGCUGAAGGACUAGUAUAUUUGAAGUAUCUACAUAAUGUUGUAAAAAAACAAGUAGCCGCCAAAAUAUCAGACGACAUUCCUAUACACGAUGUAGUUUAUGAUGUGCUUACUAGGGUAGUUAAAAAAUAUAAGGAGAAACAUGAACUGGAUACAAAAGUUUUCUCUGGGUUGCCGCAAAGUCAUAUCAAGAAAAUCGAACAGUUUCUUCAGAAUUUAGCAGAUAAAUUACCAAAUAAUUUCUAUAGAAGAACUUCAAAAAUGUCAUAUUCUGAAUAUCAAAGAAAAGAUCCUCGAGAAGGUUUUACACCAAUCGAUCCAAUGUUUUAUAUACCAAUGAGAGACGACUUUCCAGAAAUAGUCGAAACUGAAAGGUCUAAAAAAGACGAAUUUUCAUUACUCUAUGUUAAACAGAAAGAAUAUAAUUCAACUGUCAAUGCAGAAUCGUCUUCUUAUCCACUGGAGACGAUGUUUGAAUGCUACAGGGAUUCAAUCCCCAGCUAUAAUUAUAGAGAAUUCAAGGCUAUUGUUAAUACUGAACUGAACUCGAGCAAAAGUGAUGAAGAAGUAAUGGAAUAUUUUGUAGAAACCUUUGGUUAUGGGGCUAUCGAUUUUUUGACAGAAAUAAUUAGACAUCGUGAUAAACGAAUUGACUAUAGUUCACCAGUGUAUGAAGGCGAUAGGACUGGAAACAAACAGAACCCUGCUGGAAUUGUUGCUGGUCAAGUGACUGUUCAAUCCGAAAAAGAGAGCAUUCUUUCGAAAAAACUGAGAAAGAUGGAAAAGAAAGACAAGUCCAAAUUCUCGUCUACUGAUAUAAGACAAACUGAAAUUGAAUAUGAAGUAGCAAAAUCUACCCCUAUUUUCAAGAAGGCUGCACCACAAAGAUUAGAUCCUCUGGAAUAUCCGCAUGUUCACGACCAACUCAGGGAUCACAUGAUUACCACUAAAUAUGAUGGUGUAUCUAUUUGCCAGCCUGAAAACGCAGUAAAGAAAGUUACAGCAGACUAUGCAGAAUUCACUAUACCGGGUGGUAAAAAAAGUGAAAUUGACGACAUGGAACUUGUUAAAGUGUCAUCUCUAGACCCCACAGGUCAGUUGGUUUUCAGAGAUUUGAAGAAAUUCAACAGGAUUCAGUCUGAAGUGUUUCCCGUUGCCUAUCAUUCCAAUGAAAAUAUGUUGGUUUGCGCUCCUACAGGCGCUGGAAAGACGAACAUUGCACUUUUGGCUAUAGUACAUCAGAUAAGAGGUCAUAUGGAGGGAAGCCUUAUAAGAAAGAAUGACUUCAAGAUAGUCUACGUGUGUCCUAUGAAAGCCCUAGCCACCGAAAUGGUCAGCAAUUUUUCAAAAAAACUAGCACCUAUUGGCAUCACUGUGAAAGAAUGGACAGGCGAUAUGCAAUUAGGGAAAAAAGAAGUGGCCGAGACCCAAAUGCUAGUGACAACUCCUGAGAAAUGGGAUGUUAUUACAAGAAAGGGGGCAGUCGAUACCGAAGUCGUCGGCCUGGUGAAACUCCUCAUCAUAGACGAGGUGCACCUGCUGAACGGCAGCCGUGGGCCGGUGAUAGAGGCUCUCGUAGCGAGAACCCUACGUCAAGUGGUCAGCAGCCAGAGCAUGAUCCGAAUCGUGGCGCUUUCUGCGACGUUGCCGGGUUACCUAGACGUGGCGACUUUCCUCAAGGUCCACCCGCCGACCGGCUUGUUCUUCUUCGAUAAUCGGUUCAGGUCCGUGCCGCUGACUACGACUUUCGUCGGAUGCAAGAAGAAGAACGAGAACGAGACCAUGGAUAUGGUGUGCUAUGAGAAAAUUGUCGGUUUUAUCAGAGAAGGCCAUCAGGCUAUGGUCUUUGUAACUGCAAGAAAUGCAACAGCUACCGUGGCAAAAAAACUCAUCGAAAUUGCGCAAGUUAAAGGUACACUUCCUUUAUUCGAGCCCGAAAGAUCUGUCAAAAUAAGCAGAUCUGGUUUCAAGAACGGUGAUUUAGGCUUCCUUGUGCCUCAAGGUUUCGGAAUACAUCACGCAGGUAUGGUGAGGUCAGACAGAUUAGAAGUGGAAAGAUUAUUUCGCGUUGGUGAACUGAAAGUCAUAGUAUGUACAACUACUUUGGCAUGGGGUGUAAAUCUGCCAGCUCACGCUGUUAUUAUAAGGGGCACACUACAUUAUGAUGCUGCCAAAUCUACUUUCGUCGACAUGGACAUGUUGGACGUGCAGCAGAUAUUCGGAAGAGCAGGAAGACCGCAGUACGAUACCUCAGGUCAUGGCAUCAUAAUAACGAAUAUGCCGAAUAUGUCCAAAUACAUGGGGCUCAUGUUGUCGCAGAUGCCGAUAGAGAGUCAGUUUUUGAACUGCGUUCCUGAUAAUUUGAAUGCAGAGAUUGUUCUUGGUACAGUCUCGAAUACCAAAGAAGCGAUGGAAUGGUUGGCGAAUACAUUUUUGUUCGUCCGUAUUAAGAAAAAUCCUCUUGUGUAUGGUCUCACCUAUAACGAAAUAUGGGAUACAAACCAAUUCAAUCAGUUUCUACAAUUCCAACUGGACACUGCUGCCAAAACUCUCGAAAAAUCUCAAAUGAUAAGAUUCGAUACAUCUCUAGGUGAAUUGCGGCCGACGAAUUUUGGCAGGAUAGCCAGCUUUUAUUAUAUUUCUUACAGAACGAUGGAGUUGUUUUACGAACGAUUUCACAGGCACAUUUCCGAGGCAGAGCUCAUUCAACUCAUCUGUGAAGCUUCAGAAUUCGCCCAGAUUCAAGUUAGAAAGGAAGAGAUACAUGAGUUGGAUAGGCUGAGGGAAUACAACGAGUACGAUAUAGAUCUUGAUUUCACAUCUCAUGUCAGCAAAGUCAUAAUUUUGUUGGAAGCGAAUAUCAGUCGCGCACAAAUAAGAGUCACAUCUUUGGUGUCUGAUACAAUAUUCAUCAUGCAGACAGUAACGAGGCUAGCGAGGGCGCUUUUCGAAAUAGCCAAAGACAAAGAUUUCGCGCUGCAAUUCUCCCGCACUCUGGCCAUGGCCCAAAUGCUCGAGCAGCAGAUGUGGCCCGAUUUGCACCCGCUGCUGCAGUUCAAGGAGCUGGCGCCGCAUUUGAACACCCAUCGCGCCACCGAGGUGCUCAACAUGCCCAUGUGGGAAUUGAAGGAGAUGUCCGAACGGGAGCUGGAGUCGCUCUUCAGGAGCAGACAUGUGGGAAGCAGGGUUCGACAUUAUUGUCAGAUCUUCCCGCAAGUCGAUGUAGAGUACAUCGUCAAACCGAUCACGGAGGGCGUCAUCCGGGUGACCUUGUUCAUCUUCGCGAAAUUCCGGUGGGACCAGAGCGUUCACGGGACCGUGCAGCAUUACUACGCAUGGGUGGAGGAUCCACAGCACGAUAGCGUGUACGACAUGGAGAGGUUCAUUGUUACGAAGAAGAUGUGCGCCAAGGAUGAACCGGUCGAAUUGACGCUGACCGUUCCACUGACCCAACCGCUGUCUUUGGAGUACUUCAUAAGGGUCGUCAACAGCCAGUUCAUGCAUUCUGAAACCACCCAAGUGAUAAACCUCCAAGACCUGAAACUUUUCACCAGCGAUUCGUUUCAAACAAGAAUCCUAGACUUACAGCCACUGCCAAAAAGUGUGCUGCAGAAAAAAUCAUUUGAAGAUCUAUAUCCUUUCACGCAUUUCAAUGCGGUUCAGAGCCAAGUGUUCCAUUCUUGCUUCCACACCGAUACACCCAUAAUUCUUGGAGCACCCACCGGUUCUGGUAAAACUAUUGUGGCAGAAUUGUGCAUUUUGCGUUUGUUCUUGCAGAAUCCCAACCUCAAAGUAGUCUACAUAGCACCAAUGAAAGCCUUAGUGAGAGAACGCGUCUUGGACUGGUCGAAAAAAUUCUCGAAAAUCGGCAAAAACGUCGUCGAAGUGACCGGAGACAUAACGCCCCGAUCCGAAUUCAUCCGCUCCGCUAACAUCAUCAUCACCACGCCCGAGAAAUGGGAUGCGAUGAGCCGAAACUGGAUGGAAAAGGAUUUCGUGAAGGAAGUGGGGCUGAUGGUGAUCGACGAAAUCCAUUUGUUGGGGGAAGAUCGAGGGCCUGUGCUGGAGGUCAUCGUGUCCAGGAUGAAUUGCAUCAACAUGAAGACGAAGAAGUCGGUUAGGGUUGUGGGGCUGUCGACGGCUAUGGCUAAUCCUGGGGAUUUGGCCUAUUGGCUGAAUACUGACAAGAGGGGUAUUUUCAACUUCAGCUCUGCCGUCAGGCCGGUACCAUUAGAAAUCCAUCUGCAAGGCUUCGAAGUCAAGCACUACUGCCCCCGCAUGGCGGCCAUGAACAAAUCGGUGUAUCAGGCGAUAUGCCAAUACGCCUCCGAGAGUUCCGCCUUGAUAUUUGUGUCUUCACGCAAACAGACGAGGAUUACCGGCUACGAGCUGAUGAAAUUUUUGUUGUCCGAGAGCAAUCCGCAGAAGUGGCUGCAUUGCGAUUCCAACGAAUUGGAAGAUAUUAAAUGCAGGAUAGUCGACCAAGACUUGGCCCAACUGCUGACUUUCGGUAUCGGAAUGCACCACGCCGCGCUGACCGACACCGACAGAACCAUCAUCGAAGAGUUGUACGUCAGCCAGAAAAUCCAGGUGCUGAUAGCCACCGCGACGCUGGCGUGGGGUGUCAACUUCCCGGCUCGCCUGGUCAUAGUGAAAGGUACGGAAUAUUUCGACGGAGCGACCAAGCGAUACGUUGAUAUGCCGAUUACAGACGUCAUUCAGAUGGUGGGAAGAGCGGGAAGACCGCAAUUCGAUACGACCGGCGUUGCUUGCGUCAUGGUUCAAGAGAGCAAGAAGAAUUUCUACAGGAAAUUCCUGUUCGAACCGUUUCCGGUGGAAUCGAACCUGCUGGAACUGCUUCCGGUCCACGUAAACGCCGAAAUCGCAAACGGAAAUAUCGCCACCAAGGGGCAGCUCAUAGAAUUCAUAGAAUCGACGUUCUUCUACAGAAGGUUGCUGGCCAACCCGACCUAUUAUCAGAUGGAGCAAAACCAAACCGUCGACGAGUACGUCAAUGAUCUCGCAGAUUCUGUCGUUGCCACCCUUCAAGAUCACGAUUGUGUCGUAGCUCAAGAAGGGGAGAUGAAGCUCUUUUACGAAUCAACAUUUUUGGGAAUGUUGGCGGCACAAUAUUAUUUAUCUUACAAGACCAUACAUUUCCUCAGCGAAAAUAUGCAGCCGGAUAGUUCAAUUGAGGACCUUUUGGACCUCGUCUGCCAAGUUGAAGAGUACAGGCUCUUACCAGUCAGGCAUAACGAAGACAACAUCAACAGGGAUUUAGUCAGAGAACUUGGUCUGAAAACCUCAUUUGCUUAUGAUUCUCCUUGUUUGAAAGCGUUGGUGAUGUUGAGGUGUUAUUUGUUGGAUGUGAACUUGCCCAAUCAAGAGUACGUUCUUGAUUUGAAGUCGGUGUUGGAUCAAAUAAUCAGGAUAAUACAUGCUAUGAUGAACUUAGCUGCAGGUCGAAAUUGGCUGAACUGUACAAUCAAACUAAUCUAUUUCUGCCAGAUGCUCAUCCAAGGCUAUAUGGUGAACGUGUCUAACUUAAUGAUGCUGCCUUACAUAAACACACAAAACCUUCAAAGUUUAAUACGCGAGUUCAGGAAACUCUCGUCUUCAAAUGUAGACAUAUCCAUUCCGUAUCUGAGAUCAAAAAUGUUGGACAAAAAUGCGGCAAAAGGAAUUGUUAAGGUCAUGGAUGAAGUACUGGGUUCCAGCUCAUCCAAAGAGGUUUUAAGAAAAAUGAAAGACUUCCCAAUAUUAACUGUUAGAACGACAGUUAGGAAUAUUGGCGAUAACAGUAUUAUAUCUUCUGUAAAGGAACACAAUGGGUACAGUAUGAAAUCUUCACCAGAUAAGCAAUGCAUUUUUGAACUCAUUAUAUCAAGGGAAGGAUCCAGUAAAAUGAAUGUUUACAGUAAAAAAUUGAACAAACAGAAAGAGGAAUUUUGGUUCCUUAUAUUUGUUGAAGGGGAUAGUAUGAGUUUUAGGAAAUUUUCGUUCAACAGAAAUACGAAGAAAAUUGAAAUACCUUUCCAGGUUCCGAGUGGAAGAGGUAAUCAACCCCAAGGUCACCGGAAGUUUAUUAAAACUAAUAGUCACUUCUUUUUAGGUACUUUUUCCUACAAAAUGUACAUCAUGAGUGACUGUUAUAUAGGUUUCGACCAGCUACUAACCUAUAGGCUUGAAGUUGGAUAA